AUGCAUUUCAAGCAUCCAUUAAUCGAGGCAAUUCAGGAUCUUGAUCUUCCUUUUCCUACGAUUAUUCUAUUACCACCAUCCCUUCCACCAUUCAAUCCACAACAAUUACAAGACUUCAUUUUUAGCCAUGUCUUUUAUUGCCCACUAAACAACAAUCCAACAACACUCAAUCCACGCCCUUCACUCUCAGCAUCGUCCGUGUUUGCAAGGAUCAAAUCGCCUCUUCUUACUCAACCUGUUAAACACAAACCGACAAUAAGAACUCGAUCCCAAAGCGUCGACCAAACAACGGCAGUCGGCCAGGUAUUAAAUAGCUUGAACGACAAGACUGUCAUUAUUUGUGACCGCAGAGUCAGGACACACGGCGGAUAUCCGAAUCUAGCACAAAUCAAGCUGGUGUACGAUGAACCACUGUAUGACCAAGCGGGCCAAGUUACCCAUCUGCUGUUGCCUCCGUCUGUACGAGAUCAAAGAACCCGUCUUUUUAAUCCACUUCCGACGGUGUACAAUACCCUUGGACCCUCCCUUCAUAGACUUGUUCGACAUUUCUGUGACACCGCAGACUAUGAGGAGCUUGAAGAUCAAAAACGACAAUUGACAGGAUUACUAGCAAAGGGACACCAGCUAUUGGAUACCAUAUAUUGUCCUGAAUUAACCCAAGAGCAAGUCUACAGCAUGUUUGAAAGGCAAGAUCUUAUUUACUUUUAA